UUUACGUAAAAGGAUAAAACCUUGGCAAUCUGGAUGGUCUGUUUUAAAUCAAAACAAAAUUUGGAGACUAGAUACUCAAAUUCUGACUUAAUUCAUGUUGAACUGUGUCAACUCUUUGCUUCAAAGAUGGACAACUUGAAUUCAACUGGAUCACCGAUGGAUGUGGAAAACUCCACUGUGUCUGCUGACAAUGUGUCCCUUACGCCAUCCACAGAUAAUUCAGGUAUCCCCUACCAUACUACACGUUUAUACAUAUUUAUCCUUGUCCCGUCUUCGUUCCUUCUCCUGACACUGAACUCACUCUGUCUUCUUGUUCUGAGGCAUGUGGACAGCAUCCAUGACACCACCAAAGUGUUUUUGCGGUCCAUGACGGUUGCCGAUCUAGGAGUAGGUAUUUUUUUGGCCGUACCGAUGAGUUUUGGCGCGGCAAUCGGUUACUGGCCUUUUGGGAUCGUACUUUGCGGGAUCCAAGCUUUUGCCUCCGUCAGUUCUGUCCUGGGAACUCUCCUGUCACUAUUUCUGCUAACUGUGGAUCGUUACAUCUCAGUUGUGUAUGCGCUCCGCUACCAUUCUCUCGUAACGCUGAAGCGAGCACGUAUCGCCGUCUGUUGCGCGUGGGGUAUAAUCGUCGUGAUGGUCUCUGUGACAUGUGUUAUUUCACACUGGCAACCGGUGUAUCUCAGCAGCCUGCUCAUGUGUGCCUUUUACCGCGAUGGAUCUAUAUUAGAUUUUUACUUUUCAGUAGUGUAUUCAACAAUAACGAUCUUCUGUCUGCUUACCGUCCUGAUCGCAUAUGCCAGACUGUUCAGUAUCACGCGCCGUCAUGCACGACGUAUCCACGCGGACAAUCCAAGUGCUCACGGUGGACACGCUCCAGUGAGACCCAACAAAAAGACGCUUCACACCAUGCUAAUCAUCGUCAUCAGCGCGCUUGCGCUUUCCCUGAUUCCCGCCAUCAGUCUGAUACUUGAUGUUAACAAUAAACACCAUUUGUUGCGCUUCUUUCUGCUGGGCCUGCCCAUACUGAUCCACAGCUGGCUGAACGUGUUCAUCUAUUACCUCAGAAAUACCGAAUUCCAUCAAGCCAGUAAAACGCUCCUGUUGUCGUAUUACCGAUCUUUUAAACGAAUUAUUCGGUGUAAAACCAACUAACGUGCAUUUGGACACAAGUGUAAUGUUAA